AUGUUUUACAUUUUAGUAAUAUUCUCUGUUUUUGUCUCGGCGUAUGCACAAAUUGACUCGAGACCAGUCGUUCAUUUACCACCGGCUGUCUCCGAGUUUGUGAAGCAAGUAUCCGCAGACUGUUUAAAAGAGAUAAAAGCUGAACCAGAAGUGGCAAAACGUUUCUUUGGGUGGCAAUUUGAUGAAGAUGAAAUAAGCAAAAAAUUUAGAUAUUGUCUCUGCCUAAAAACAAAUUACUUGGAUGAAGAUAACCACUUAAACGACGGUUUCAUAAAAUUGUUUGAUAGUAGUGAUCGUAAAGAAGAUGUUCAGAAGGUUUUAGAAACUUGUAAUAAAAUUAAAAAGAAAGAUCCUUUAGAUACAUUGUUUGAAAUAGCAUUGUGCUUUUAUAAAAACUCACCGGUGUUAUUACUUCCAUAA